GGGAGGAGGCGGAUCCGGCUGCCGCCCACGGCUCGGGGGGUUAGGACAGCGCCGCCGCCCGCCUCCGCCGGCCCAGGGCGCCUCGCGGGCACCGGGACGCGCCCGGCGACACCCGCACGUGGGCCCGCGGCGCGGGGGGCGGGGGCGGGCGCGGCGGCCCGCGCCGGACUACAAGUCCCACAAUGCCCCGCGCGGCGGCGGCGGCGGCGGCGGCGGCAGCGGCGGGGGCGGGGGGCGCUUUCAGGUGUCUGCGACCUCGGCGCCUCCCGUCCGGAAGUGCCCGAGGGUCCGCUAUGGAGCCGGCGGAGUGGGGCGCUCGGUAGCAGCGGCGGGCACGGGCGGCUGCCAUGGCCCUGAUCGAAGGGGUGGGCGAUGAGGUGACCCUCCUGUUCGCCGUGCUCACCUGCCUCCUGGUGCUGGCCCUGGCCUGGGUCUCCACCCACACCGCCGAGGGCGCGGCCCCGCCGCCCCAGCCCGCGGGACCCCCGGCCGCGGCUCAGCCCGCCGAAGCCAUGGAGGUCUCGGACGACGCGGUCAGCGGGGAGACCCCCAGCCUGCGACACCGAGGCCCCGCGGUGCAGCCGGACCCCGGCGACGGCGACGGGCCGCCGGCAACGCCCCCAGCCCCGGACGCCCCCCAAGAGCCCCUGGUGCUCCGGCUGAAGUUCCUCAACGACUCAGAGCAGGUGGCCAGGGCCUGGCCUCACGACACCAUCGGCACCUUGAAAAGGACCCAGUUCCCCGGCCGCGAGCAGCAGGUCCGGCUCAUCUACCAGGGGCAGCUGCUCAGAGACGACAGCCAGACCCUGGGCAGCCUGCACCUGCCCCCCAACUGCGUCCUCCACUGCCACGUGUCCGCGCGCGCCGGGCCCUCGCCGCCGCCCUGCCCGCCCGGCGCGGAGCCGAGCCCGUCGGGGCUGGAGAUCGGCAGCCUGCUGCUGCCGCUGCUGCUGCUGCUGCUGCUGGUGCUGUGGUACUGCCAGAUCCAGUACCGGCCCUUCUUCCCGCUGACCGCCACGCUGGGGCUGGCGGGCUUCACGCUGCUGCUCAGCCUGCUGGCCUUCGCCAUGUACCGCCCCUAGUGCCUCCGCGGGCCCCGGGGCCCGGCUCCCCGCGCCGCGCCGGCCGCCACCGCUGCUGCCUGCCCCGGCGGGCCUCGCGGGCCUGCCUCUUCCCGCUGCCCUGGAGCCCGGCGGCGCUGCUGCUGCGCCGCAGGGCGCCCCGG